AUGGACGCCGUGGAGGCGCUGGAGCAUCGACUGCGACAGGCGGAGACGCGGGUGGCGUCGGAGCGACGAUUGGUGGAUGAGACGCUGGAGAAGAUCGCGCGCGCGACGGAACGGUGUGAUGCGGCGCGCGACGCGAGAGAUGCGGCGCUGCGACGGCGCGCGUUGGUCGAGCGUGAGUACGCGGAGGCGCGACAGACGCUGGAGGAGAUGGAGGCGCGACAGAGAGCGGCGGCGGCGGCGGCGGCGCGCGCGGAGCGCGAAGCGCGGGAACAGGAGAGACGAGACGACGCGUCGAGGGAGAUACGCUUACGACAGAUGCGAGAGGCGAUCGAAAAUGAAGAAAACAUGCGUGCAGUGAUGAUUGAGCGCACGCGUGAGGCUGAGUUGGACGCGGAAAUCGCGGAUCUUUCCUCGAACUUGCCCGGCGGGCCGUGGCGAAGCUUGAAAGACAUUCCGCGCGAAUUUCUCGACGUGUGCGAACAGAUCGUGCGAACGCGACGACAGUGCGAGGAGAUGCGCUCGGAAAUCUUACAUCGAGACAGUUGA